AAGUCCUAUAUAUAUAUAUGUAUCCUUUUUAAACGUUAGGUAUAAAGUGACUGUGAGGAUGCUGUGUUGCCUUCUUGCUGUUAGAUGGCAGCAUUAUAUCUUAUAUUAAUGUGUCAUCUGCGGCACCUUCCUGGACUGAACUGGCCCGUUGGACAAGCGUCUGAGACUUUUAUGGGCACACCGACGUCAGGGACUGAGCUUCACCGUGAAGAUGGCGGAGGCUGCGGACAGACCACAACACCGGUUUUUCUGUCACUGCUGUAAAUGUGAAACAAACCCCAAACUCCCGGAUUUAAUCUGCCCCAGGUGUGAAUCUGGCUUCAUUGAGGAGGUGACAGAAGACUCCAGCCUCCUGGAGAACAGCACAUCAGUGGCCAGUGAUGAUUCAAAUUCAUUGUUCUCAGAAUUAUGGCAGCUGCUGUUUAUGGAGCGCUCUGCCCUGCUGUCGCAUCCGCCCUCCUCAGAGUCCGACCCAGGUGACAGUGAGCAGGUAUCUGCUGGUCAGAGCCGUCUUUCACCGGUGUUGGCAGGAGCUGCUGAGGUCACAGAACCGGAGGCUCCUUCUCAACCUGAACAGGAGAGGUCAACCCGGCCUGAGCAAAGGCCUGCAGUGGAAGGGAUUGUGCAGCAGUUUUUGGCCGGCCUGUUUGCCAACAACGGAAACCCCGGUGCUGCACCAGCUGCACUAUCCAACAUGCUACAGUUGCACUCAAACCCUGGGGAUUAUGCGUGGGGUCAGGGAGGUCUGGACGCUGUCAUCACAGAGUUAUUAGGACAGUUGGAGAACACAGGUCCACCUCCUGCUGAAAAGGAGAUGAUCUCCUCCCUGCCUACAGUUUGUAUCUCUCAAGAACAGACAGCCUGCAGACUGGAGUGUCCAGUUUGCAGGGAGGAGUAUUUGUCAGGGGAAUCUGUCAGGAAGCUUCCCUGCCUCCAUUACUUCCACAGUGAAUGUAUAGUGCCUUGGCUGGAGCUGCAUGACACCUGCCCAGUGUGCCGCAAAAGCCUCGAAGGUGUCGACAACAGCCUCCAGCCCACAUCAGAUCCCCUAGAAGCUCGCUCCAUCAGGACAGAGCAACAGGAGAGGCAGGCGAUCUGAGAAACGGGCCAAGCAACUCUACCUCCUUAACUGUUUUCAAAAGGACACGCUUCUUUCUUGUCUCAGACCUCAGAUUUCCCUCCAUAUGAGCUGACUGCUUUUUAGAUAAAAUACAUUACACGCAUCUUUAACUCUUACUUGUUUCACGCAUCUCUGCUAAGGACCUUAAUGUGUUUUUUUCCUCCAUCAUAUUCUCCAUUUUCAUGCUACACUACACUAAAGGACCUGGCAGUUUGCUGACAAGAUGUGGAGGUGAUGUGUCCUUUUCGCUACUCUGCUCUCUUAGCUGGUUUUCUGAAUGGCUGAUUCAGAUGUCAUGAACUAAUCACCACUGAGCUGCUGGUUGUUUUCAAAAUAACGGGAAUUCAAAGAGUUAUGGAGUAACACUAUUAUACGAAGACUGGCGUUUGAAACAAUUUCUCAGCACUUCUGAACUUGUACCCUUCUCCACCUGAUGUGAUUCAGCAUCAUCCUCCUCUUAAUGUAAAGCUGUUAUUAAAGCCUAACCUCAGUCUCUCCCCCUCCGUUCUUCUCCCUUCUCUGUUCAGUAAUCAAGAUGGGUUAACUUUUGUUUGAACCUUUGUACUUGAAAAUUGUACUUUUUUGCACAUUGAAGCUUUUCUGUUUGGCAGUUGUGUAUUGUGACCAGCAGUGCAUUGUUGUAACUGUUUAAUAGACAGCUGGUUCUUUUUUUCUGAUCUCAGACCUCAAUGUAAUGAAGUGGAAAAGAUGAGUCAAAUAUCCCAGUACACGUAUAAUACUGCAGAAUAUAACCCAAUAGAUAAUAAUUAAAUGGAAUAACGCAGUAUCAUAGAUUAGAAAAUAGGCUGCAAAUCUUGAUUUCAAUACUCACUAGAAUAUAAUUGUAUAAAGCAGAAUACAGCAACAUACAAUAUAGUGCUGAAACAAUUAGGAAAUCGUCCAGAAAAUUGUCAACAGUUUUGAUAGCUGAUCCACUGUUAAAUCAUUAAUGAAGUGUAAGUGCCAAACCUUAAUUGGUUUUGGUUUCUCUAAUGUGCAGACAAUGUGGUGAUGUGUCACUUUUGGAUCUGGGAACUUGUGGUCGAUAUUUUAUUCCUUUUUUGUGUGUGUGUGUGUGUGUGUGUGUGGACAUUUUACAAAUGUGCCAUACCACAUUAUUAAUUUGAGUGGGAAAAGAGUGCUGCAUCACAUUAUUAUGUUCCCUAUUGAUUACCUUUGGGAUUAAUCUUAAAUCUUAAAUAAAUUGUCAGAAGACUGAGUCCAGUGAGGCCUGACCAAUACUGGAUUUUUGGGGUUGAUGCCGACACUGAUAUUAGCGAGUCAAAAAAUUCCAAUAUUGAUAUAUUGGCUGAUAAUCUUACACAUAGUACA